AUGCUUGCAACCGUACCCCUCCACGCGGCCCGUAGGCGCGUAUUCGGUUCAGUCUUCUCCCCCGCGACUCUCGAAGCCCACCCGACAAAGUCCACGACUCUCCAGCAUGACCAAACACCAGCAUCAUUCGAAUCUACCGACUCCUCGUCAACCUUCAAAGACUCACAGGCAACCUCAUUUGCGACAAUUGGAGGAUCGACCGACACCGCAUCCCCGGAAGAGAGCGCGUUAAACCAGGCACGGCUCGCGGCGAAAGAAUUUCUCUCUGUGCCAAAUCUCGGCUUUGACCUGAUUUACAAAUUCCGGAACACCGAUGGAAGUGAGGCGCUGAAGGAAUGGAACCGGCUCAGCCCUCCGUCGAAGGCAACGGCCGAGGCGUUGGGACAUCUCAUGCGGACAUCCCCGUGGUCAUUGUUCGACUGGUAUGCGAAUGAUAUUCGGAGGCAUUUUCUGGUCAAUUUUCGGACUGGUCUCUCCAAGCUAUUAAUGUGCCUCGACAGUGAUGGUCUGCUCCGGAUCAUCGUCGAUUGCUUACAGCUUGCACGUCGAAUCUACCUGGCUCCUGUGGUGCAUUACUUGUUUCCGUUAAUAGGUAACCACCAAGGAGCGUUCUUGGCCCAAUUACAGCGUGCGUUUCACACGGUGGUCUCAUACAGCCUACCGUGGGCGGGAAUCUCACCGCUCCUCUCCCGAGAGCUCACGCAGGAUGCAGUGGUUAUCCUCGGCAUUGACACCCUGGAUGAAGACUCCGAUGUGGAUGAGAUGAGUAUCGACGAGGCGGAUAUGGAACGAGCAUACUCCGUUUCAUACAGACGUUGGAGAUUAGAAUCCCCCGAAUCCCAGGCCCAUAUGAUGGUCGAGGGCGAAGAUCGCCGGGUGACCAUCGCAAGGGACCAACUUCUGGCAUUCCUGAACGGGCUGCAGCUUGUUGGCCUCGGCGGCGACCAGGCCCAGAAGGUGUUCGCCAAUGUGAUGAACGUGAUGAUGGGAGAUUUUGUUCGUGCUGCAUACGCCGGUGAAUGGGAGCCGCAUUCAAGUGCGCCCCAGCAUCUGGGUCAAUGGGUUGAAAAUGUCUAUGCCCGGCUUGCAGUGCAAGUUCUGGCUAUUCUUCAUUCCGAUCCCGCGGGAUCCCAAUCUGGGGCAAUGGAUGUGAGCGCUCCCGAUGUGGCAAAGUGGAAAGCGAUGGGGAUUGCCCGGCUUGGCAAGCUCCGAGUUAGCGAGCUAUUCGAUGUGAUUGUCGACUGGCCCGCGAGCAGCGGCGCGGUGGAGGACUUGCGACACUUUACAGUCUCAUCCGGAGCGCGGCUCUAUGUGGCGAAUGGGUUUUCCGCCAUCUUACCCCUACGGUUGUUGCAUCCCGGUGCCUCUACGGUCGAGAUCUUGCAGGUGUAUAUCUCGAUCAUUCGGGCUUUCCAUAUGUUGGACCCCAAGGGCGUGCUGCUGGAUCGCAUUGCUAGGCCAAUCCGGCGGUACUUAAGAGACCGUGACGACACCGUCAAGGUGAUUGUCAGUGGUCUCUUGGCUGACCCUAUCGGGCAGGAGGCUGCCGGUGACACCUUGGCUGAACUGGCGGCCGAGCUAACCAAGGUCCACCACCACUCUAUGCAGAACAACAAGAGCGAACUGGACUUUGAAGAUAUGUACUGGACACCAGAUCCUGUCGAUGCUGCUCCGGACUACAAAAAGUCGAAGAGCGUGGAUGUCAUUGACAGCCUGGUCAGUCUCUUCGACUCAAAGGAGACGUUUGUGAAGGAAAUGCAGACUCUUCUUGCAGACCGCCUCAUGCAGAAACGCCAGGACUUUGACCAGGAGAUAACCGUACUGGAGCUACUCAAGGUCCGAUUCGGUGACUCCGCACUACAGGCAUGCGAGGUGAUGUUGAAAGACAUCGCGGACUCGAGGCGUCUGGACCACGCGGUACGAAAUGACCGGCUAUUCUCCAGCUAUCGGAAGCAGGCAGGUGCCGGAAGACUUCAUGCCAAAAUUCUAUCACGGUUCUUCUGGCCUGAGUUCCAGGAACAAGAAUUCAAGAUUCCCGACGAAGUCCAACAACUGCAAGAGCGGUACGCAACCUGCUUUGAAAAGUUCAAGGACACACGCAAGCUCAGGUGGCGUAACGCGCUGGGCCAAGUUACUGUCGAGCUGGAGUUCGAGAACCACACGUUCAAAGACGAAGUGACGACCUGGCAAGCCACGGUCAUCUAUGCCUUCCAAUCUGACUCGGAUGAACCUGCCACGAAAGCAGUUCCCGAACUUGCCGAAGAACUCGAGAUGACCCCUGCUCUCGUACGGAGUGCUUGUCUCUUCUGGGUUAGCAAGCGUGUCCUCACCGAAGUGCAACGCGAUACCUACCGAGUGUUGGAGGUUCUCCCGACGGAAGACGAGGAACACCAUACCCACGGAGCUGGCACGUUUACCGACGCCUCCGACAGCGAAGCGGGCGAUACGGCCAAUGCAGCCGCAGCCGCGGAAGCAGCGGCCGCAGCUGCAGCCAAGGAAUCUGCCGAGGCGGCUGCCAUGGAGAAGAUGAAUGUGCAUUGGCAGUUCAUCGUUGGUAUGCUCACGAAUCAAGGAGCCAUGGGUCUGGACCGCAUUGUUAUGAUGCUGAAGAUUGCGGUCCCUGGUGGGUUCCCGUUCAGCAAUGAGGAGUUGCGGGAGUUCUUGGGUGGUAUGGUUUCGAAGGGCAAGUUGGAAAUUGUUAAUGGGGGUAACUACAAGAUCGUGCAUUAG